UCUAAAUGUAAUCGUUAAUAUUAAUUGUGUAUUUUAUUUACAGGAUCAUGGCCACAGAUCCGACGUCUCCUCCGCAGUCCGAUGGUCAAUCAGAGGCGACUUCCAAGAGGAGUAGAACAACGACACGGCUGAGAACAUUGACAUUAAGAACCGUGGAUCAGCCCAGACCGGCUGUUUAUGUGGAUCCCGCUACCGGGAGAGCAUCCGGACCGAUGCGUGAAAAGUUCCACAGCUACCUAGGCGUAGUGGCGCGAGAAAAGGUUCCCAUUAUCCACAAUAAUUGGAAAGACGUACCUGAAACGCUAAAGGAGAUUGUGUGGAAUGACAUUCUAGCAAAGUUUGAUAUCGCAGAAGCUACGAAGGUGAAGACGAAGGUUAUGUCAACAGUAGCGACGAGAUGGCGGCAAUUUAAGUCCACAUUGACUAGCAAAUUUGUGUUUGCUAAGACUGAAGGUCAACAAACACAGGAUGUUGUGACAAAAUAUGGACUAGAUCCUGAAGCGUGGAAACAAUUUGAAGAAACCCGCCUGACACCUAACUGGGAGGGUAUUAGGAAACGAGCACAAUCAAUUCAAAAACACAACGACUGCCCUCACGUACUUUCACGUGGGGGAUAUGAUUUGCUUGAGAAGAAAUUGUUAGACCAGAAACGAAAAAGGAUACAAGAGGAAGCAUUGUUGAGUGAAAAUCCAGCAAGUGUUGAUGAACCCCCAUCCCCAAUAAAAAGGCAUGUUAAGUGGAAGGUUGCUCGGACCAGGGCUGUUGGCAAUAUGACAUCUGACUCUGCACAGGAAAUUGCAGAUAAAAUAGACUCCUUAGAAGAGCAGGUAACGCAGGGUUCGUUUGUACCCCAUGGUCGGCAAGACAUACUGAACACUGCCAUUGGACGACCUGACCAUGGGGGUCGCGUUCGGGCAGCAGGCUCAGGUGUCACUAUUACUCAGUACUACGGAAGGGCAUCAAGGACAUGCAGCAGCUCGUCCACGUCCAUCAGCCAACAACAACUAGAUGAAGUUGUUGCAAGGCUUAGGGAAGACAUGACUGGCCAGAUUAGGGAAGAAUUGAGGAGUCAAAUUAAGGAAGAAUUGAGGACUCAGCUAGAAGAGGAAAAUAAAAGGACCUUGGAAAUAAUGACCAAUGCAUUGAAAGAGGCUAUUAAAAAAGAGUUGUCAAAUAAAGGAUCCCAAGAGGCACUCCAAAUUCAGCCGGACAUACAACAACUAGGUGCGCGUGUCAGCACACAGGGAAGUAAUGCUGUUACCAAUGCGCAGGCUUCACAAGAACAGGAUGCUGAUGCCAUACCAUUGAUGGGACUGUUUGUGCAGCGUAACGAUGGUACACAAAGGUUGGUGGCCAUGGGGAAAAUAAUGGAGGGGGAUUCAAUCAUACACACAGUGGCAUAUGCAGAUGAUGUUGUCAGGGUAAGUGUAGAAACAGUUAUUGAUCCUGAGGCUGAGGUCCCCUAUGCCACCUCAGAAAUACAAUAUGUGAAGCAGGCCGUCAAUACAUUUGUAGCUUGGCCCACACACCUUGUGAAAGCUGUAUUAGAUGAGCAUCCACAACGUAUUCCACACAACGAGGAUGCACAUGUGCCGAAGCCGGCUAAUGUGAACGCAGAUGAUCCGUUGCGUGAAUUGAUGAAGUACAGUUUCGAUCUUUACGACAAGCCACUUCAAAUCACCUUUGAUGGGAGAUUUCUUGGAAUUGAAGAUGCAUCUACAUCGAUAUUCAUCACAUAUUCAGAUGUUAUUGAAAUAAUAGCAGGAGACAAAAGUCUGAACAUAUCUGUCAUACAAUUAUGGUUAAUGUAUAUUCAUGAGUGGAGUCAGAUAUUCAGUCAAGGUUUCAUGUAUGCAUUCCUUGAGCCACAGUCGUUGGUUUGUUCAAAGGAUAGACGCAGCGAAUGCGAACAAUAUCUUGAAAGAUGGCUUAAGGAAUCUGACCGAGAGGUGUACAUUGGACCUUACUUCCAUCAGGAACAUUGGCAACUCAUAAUUUUGUGUCCUAGGCAACAUGUUGUUGUUUGGUUCUGUUCUUUGCGUAGGAAACCUGAUAUGCAUAUCAAAGCUACAAUUAAUAGUGUAAUGACAAAAUUGAAGAAGACCUUGUCUCCUGAAACUAAGGCAGUUGCACCAAAGUGGAUUGAAGUAAAGAGUCACGUUCAAACCGGCUGUUAUGAAUGUGGAUAUUACAUAAUGCAUUGGAUCUGGAACAUCAUAGCCAGCGACAUAAAGAGUGAUUGGUCCAUGUGGUUUGCUAAUGACACACCGUUGGACAUCGGCAUCAUCACCACAAUUCGAAAGAAAUGGGCAACAUUUUUUUUAAAGACAGCAAUAAGUCAAAACGGCUAAUGAUGGCGUUGGAGUAUUUUUUUCCCUGUAUUUGAGACAAUUGUUAUGUUAUUUGACACAGCGGCUAUUUUAUUUUCGGUCAUGCUACUAAUAUUCUAUUCUUAGUAUUAUCUUCUCAAUUUCAUAUAAUUGUAGUAAUAUAUUGUCUUUACCCCCUUCUACUGCAUUGCAUCUGCAUUUGAUUACCACAGCAACAAUUUAGUGCAGCUAUAGUACCACCAAGCUUGCCACUGCAGCAGUUAAGUGAACAAAUGAAGUGUCCACAGUCAUUGGAUGGUUGCUUGGUAGAGGUACAUGCUAAUAACUAAUAAGAUUUCCUGUGCAGGGUAUCAUUGUUUUUGCAUGACUGAUGGCUACCUUGGGGCUGGAGAUUUUGGUUGAAUCUGCCUCAAGUGUUAUUUUGAAGAUGAUAUUAUCAUUUGACCUUGCUUUUGCUUUGAUUCCGCUCCUAAAGUUCAGUAGCAGCAAAGUGACUAGCAGCACAAGCAUUGAAGAGGUGUGUUUCCUCCUUGUUU